CUGCAUUUGACCCUGAAUCUGGGGGAAACCAACCGAACCAUGUGACCUCCGAAACGAAGACUCUUCCAAAUCGUACCAUUCGAAGGCGGACGAAUUCAGACGGAGGACGGAGCCAAAGAAAUCGAGGAACCUGCAGCUGACUGGUGAUUUCGCGCCGCCGGUUGGUCUGAGAUCAUUGGUCGUGAAGAUGGCCUCUGCAAUUCUGAGCAUGGCGAACGCCACCUUGGAUUGGGUCACCAUGGCCUUGGACGCUCCUUCAGCUCGGGCUGUCGUUUUCGGUGUGCACAUCGGCGGGCAUCUGUUCGUGGAGGUUCUGCUUCUGGUGGUAAUUUUUUUCUUGCUUUCCCAGAAAAGUUACAAACACCCCAAGCGGCCAUUGACGGAGAAGGAAAUUGAUGAUCUGUGUGAUGAAUGGGUCCCAGAACCUCUUAUUCCGCCGUUGAAGAAAGAAUUGCGGCACGAACCACCUGUUUUGGAAAGUGCUGCAGGUCCGCACGCAUUGGUCAAUGGCAAAGAAGUUGUGAAUUUUGCUUGUGCCAAUUAUCUUGGAUUGAUAGGGCACGAGAAGCUGCUUGAGUCAUGUAUGUCAUCAGUGGAUAAAUAUGGUGUCGGUUCUUGUGGCCCUCGUGGAUUCUACGGGACGAUUGAUGUCCAUCUCGAUUGUGAGACCAGGAUAGCCAAGUUUUUGGGUACUCCUGACUCAAUUCUUUAUUCCUAUGGACUUUCCACCGUGUUCAGUGCUAUUCCAGCUUUUUGUAAGAAAGGAGAUGUAAUCGUUGUGGAUGAGGGAGUUAAUUGGGCUAUACAAAAUGGAUUACAACUUUCAAGAAGCACGAUAAUUUAUUUCAAGCACAAUAGUAUGGAAUCUCUACGAAGUAUAUUGGAAAAAGUAACUGCUGAGAAUAAGCGAGCUGAGAAGUUGCGACGGUAUAUUGUGGUUGAAGCUAUUUACCAGAAUUCUGGCCAGAUAGCUCCAUUAGAUGAGAUAAUCAGACUCAAGGAGAAAUACCGUUUCCGCGUUUUGUUGGAUGAAAGCAAUUCCUUUGGUGUGCUUGGAUGUUCUGGAAGAGGUCUCACUGAACACUUUGGUGUUCCAGUUGAGAGGAUAGAUAUUAUAACUGCUGCCAUGGGACACGCAUUAGCCACGGAGGGAGGAUUCUGCACAGGAAGUUCUCGAGUUAUAGAUCAUCAGCGAUUGAGCAGCUCUGGUUAUGUGUUCUCUGCGUCUUUGCCUCCAUAUCUUGCAUCCACUGCAAUCGCAGCUAUCGAUGUCCUAGAGGAAAAUCCUCAGCUCUUAACGAAGCUGAAGAGCAACGUCGCUGUGUUAUGGAAAGGACUAUCAGACAUUCCAGGACUCUCAUUGGCAAGCGAUCCAGAAUCACCCAUAGUGUUUCUUAGACUGGAAAAGUCGAUGGGCGCUAUGGAAGAUGACCUGUCUCUGCUUGAAGAUAUUGCUGAUCGGGUGCUGAAGGAAGAUUCAGUGCUCGUUGUCACUUCGAAGAGAUCAACAAUUGACAAAUGCCGUUUGCCUAUGGGGAUAAGGCUCUAUGUUUCCGCUGGCCAUACUCAGUCUGAUCUCAUGAAGGCGGCUGAUUCACUGAGGAGGGUCGCAGCCCAAGUGCUCAAGGGUUGAAGCUUUACGGUUUUGGUUCUCUUUCACAAUAGGAAUUUUCACUUCUCUUGCCUGAAGCAACAGUUUUGCCGAUAAAUUAUGUCGCCGCUCCUUGUGAUUCUUUUUCGCGUUUUAUCUGUACUGUCGGUAACAUUCUGCUGCAAACAAUUCAAGCUCAUCAGCUCGUAAACGAUAAGUUUAUGAAGCUAUUGAGGAUCAUGGAAGACAAUUUCGUUUUCAUCCA